GCUGCAAUCCGCCGGUCUGCUACCUGCAGACAGACGCUUGAGUGCGCUUUGUCCGUGCAGUCACCGACCCAUGGCUCCGAAGGACUACACUUGCAUCCAAACGCAAAAUAAAAGCACAGCAAGCAGCUAGCAAUGACUGUCAAUUGCAUUAUGCGUUGCCGCAACAGGUUAUUGCUUUUGCGCUUUCUCAGGAGGUAACGGUGGAGGUAACUUGCCAGCAUGGAUUGCCUCUUUCUCUUGAUAUGGACUUUGCCUAUCCCACUCGUCAGCUGCACGUCAGUGAAAUUGCUUUCCACGUUAUGGGUCUGGAAUACCCUUAAGACGCUGCACAUUUACUGCUCACAUUCCAAGCACUCUGUUUCGGCCACUUUUAGCGACCUCAAUGGACUGAAUCAAGACUUCGUGUUUGUGACUCCGGUCGAGGUGGAUGCCGGGGGUGCCUACGUGACCCAUGACGUGGCCAGACGAGGGCGCAGUCGAAGGUCGCUUCAGUCGCUGGAGGGUCCCGUCCACUACCACCUGACAGCCUGGGGCAGGGACAUGCACCUGGACCUGCAGCCCUCCAAGGUGGUCGCCGAGGGCUUCACGGUGCAGACCCUGGGGUCAGAGGGCAUCGCCACGGUGACGCAGGACGCAGACAUCCACGGCUGCCUCUACCAGGGAUUCAUACGUAACCUGUCAGCCUCCUCUGCAGCAAUAUCCACCUGCUCUGGUCUGUCAGGUCUGAUCCGUCUAUCCGAUGAGGAGUUCUUCAUCGCUCCUCUGCCUCAGCGCAUGGCAGCAGAGCAUAACUACAGCGCCCCCGGUGGCCACCACCCGCACGUCAUCUACAAGCGCUCUGCCGAACAUCUAGUCCACGGUGGCAACCCUUCCCAGCAGAGCUCCAAACCUGGCAACCCGUACCGGCACCAACACCAUCAUCACCACCGUCACCAUGACUACCAGCACGGGAAACUGCAGAGGCAACACUUCUGUGGGCGCCGCAAGCAAUACACUCCCAAGCCCCCUGCUGACGAUCAGCUGCUCAUGCCCGAUGAGUUUGGGCCGGCAGGCAGGGCGAAGCGAUCGCCCAUCCCGUCCAGCGGCAGCCAGCCGGGUCUGAACGUGGAGACUCUGGUGGUCGCCGACAGGAAGAUGCUGGAGAAACACGGCAGAGAGAACGUCACCACCUACGUCCUGACCGUCAUGAACAUGGUAUCCAGCCUCUUCAAAGACGGCACCAUCGGCUCGGACAUCAACAUUGUUGUCGUGAGCCUGCUGCUCCUGGAACAAGACCCGAUCGGUCUGUCCAUCAACCACCACGCUGACCAGUCAUUGAACAGUUUCUGCCAGUGGCAGUCGGGGCUGAUGGGAAAAAACGGCAAACGCCACGACCACGCCGUGCUGCUGACCGGCCUGGACAUCUGCUCCUGGAAGAACGAGCCCUGCGACACCCUGGGUUUUGCUCCUAUCAGUGGGAUGUGUAGUAAAUACCGCAGCUGUACCAUCAACGAGGACACAGGCCUGGGUCUGGCCUUCACUAUCGCCCAUGAGUCAGGACACAAUUUUGGAAUGAUCCACGAUGGGGAGGGUAACCCUUGUCGCAAGGCCGAGGGGAACAUCAUGUCCCCCACCCUGGCAGGAAACAACGGGGUGUUUUCCUGGUCCCCCUGCAGCCGCCAGUACCUGAGCCGCUUCCUGGGGACUGCCCAGGCGUCCUGUCUGGUGGAUGAGCCCAGGCAGAUAGGCCAGUACAAGUACCCUGAGCAGUUACCCGGGCAGCUCUACAACGCAGACACACAGUGCAAGUGGCAGUUUGGCUCCAAGGCCAAACUCUGCAACUUGGACUUUGUCAAGGACAUCUGCAAAUCCCUGUGGUGUCACCGGACAGGGCACAGGUGUGAGACCAAGUUCAUGCCCGCCGCUGAGGGCACGAGCUGUGGGCCUGACAUGUGGUGUCGUCGGGGCCAGUGUGUGAAGCAUGGGGACCAUGGCCCCCGGGCGGUCCACGGUCAGUGGUCUGGAUGGUCCGAGUGGUCGGCCUGCUCUAGGACCUGUGGAGGAGGGGUCAUGCACAGAGAGCGCUCCUGCUCCAGCCCCAGGCCCCAGCACAGCGGCAGAUUCUGCCAGGGCUCGGCUCGUCUGAACCAGCUGUGCAACAGCAGGCCGUGCCCCUCCGGAGCCGUGGAUUUCCGGACCCAGCAGUGUGCCGAGUACAACAGUAAACCCUUCAGAGGAUGGUACUACAAGUGGAAGCCCUACACCAAAGUAGAAGAAGAGGACGUGUGCAAGCUCUACUGCAUCGCUGAGGACUUUGACUUCUUCUUUGCCAUGUCCAGUAAGGUCAAGGAUGGCACUUCCUGUUCCAACCACAGGGAGGGUGUGUGCAUUGAGGGAGUGUGUGAGUCUGUGGGCUGUGACCAGGUCCUGGGCUCCAGGGCCUCUCUGGACGCCUGUGGAGUCUGUAAGGGAGACAACUCCACCUGCAAGUUCUAUAAGGGACAUUACAUCCUCCAGCAUAGGGCCAACGAGUACUACCCCAUGGUGACCAUCCCAGCUGGGGCACGCAGCGUCCACAUCCAGGAAAUGGAGAUCUCCACCUCCUACUUGGCUGUGCGCUCGCUCAAGAGGAAGUACUUCCUGACCGGCGACUGGACUGUGGACUGGCCCGGAAAGUUCCACUUUGGCGGCACAGUGUUCGACUACCAACGCACGUUCAACCGCCCAGAGAGCUUGUACGCCGCGGGUCCCACUAAUGAGAGCCUGGUGUUUGAAAUCCUGCUGCAGGGGAAGAAUCCGGGCGUGGUGUGGGAGUACACCCUGACCCGCAGCGAGAGGAAGCCCAACUACACCUGGGGGGUGGUGCGCUCCGACUGCUCCGCCCCCUGCGCCGGAGGUCGUAUCUCGACCAAGGCCAUCUGUUUUCAGGACCAGAAGACACAGGUCAACUCAACACUCUGUAACCCCCAGAUCAGACCAGUGCUUGGCUCUCACCUCUGCAACACACAGCCUUGCCCGGCCUACUGGAUCACGGAGGAGUGGGGCCCCUGCAGCCGCUCCUGUGGAGGCGGGCAGCAGACGCGUCACCUGCGCUGCCUGAGGAAGGUCACCUACCAGCGGGAGGAGCCCGUGGCUCUCUCCCUGUGCCCGGUGAUGGCUCCCGCCCAGGUCCAGCCCUGCCACACCCACACCUGCCCCCCAGAGUGGAGCACGGGGGCCUGGUCCCAGUGCUCCAAGUCGUGUGGUCGAGGCACGAGGAGGCGGAGUGUGUUCUGCAGAAGUACUGACCCAGGGGCCAAGGCUGUGGUGGUUCCAGACAGCAUGUGCAGACUGCACCAGAGGCCCAAGGCUCAGGAGACCUGUGUCCUCAGACGCUGUCCCCGGAACGACCGUCUGCAGUGGGUCGCCACCGCCUGGGGAGAGUGCUCCAGGUCCUGUGGGUCGGGGGUGCAGCGUCGAGAGCUGCGCUGCGGGGAGCAGGACCCUCAGGGGGGGCACGUCCCCAUGCGGAGAUGCAGGAACCUGGCCAAGCCCCCCCUGGAGCUCCAGCAGUCGUGCUCCAGGGUAGCCUGCUCCGAUCUGAGGCCCCUGCCUGGGAGAACCCCCUCCACCGUGGUCCUGGGCUGGUACUCCUCCCCCUGGCAACAGUGUUCUGUGUCGUGUGGUGGAGGGGUGCAGGCUCGCUCUAUCCAGUGUCUGCGUCAGGGUCGUCCGUCGGCAGGAUGUCUACCCCACCAGAGACCAGUCACAUCCAGGGCCUGCAACACACACUUCUGCCCAGCCCCUGGCCAUAUCCCGGGCCCGGGCCCUCGCCCUGGCUCUGCUCUGGUCCCUGGUCCUGGCCCUCGCCCUGGCUCUGUACUGGUCCCUGGCCUUGGCCUCGGCCCUGUUCCUGGCCCAACACGUAAAGAUGAGAUGUCUUGUGUUGACCUCUUCAGCUGGUGUCACCUGGUCCCUCAGCAUGGAGUUUGUAACCACAAGUUCUAUGGACAGCAGUGUUGCAAGUCCUGCACUGGCAACAAGCCCUGAAGUUAAGGACUGUAUUUCCCAGCAGCCACCCUGUACAUUUUGUAUGGAUGUUAAUACAGAUGCUCUGCUGGACCAUGAGGAAACUGUAGGUUUUGAACUGAUUAUCGGCCAUUUAGAUGCACAGGAGAACUGUGGGUCCGUUGUCAGUCCUGUUUUUUCCUGGACUACUUGACAGAUGCAGUCUCAUGUGGAUGAUCUACAGGAGCAGAAGAGAAGGAUCUCAUCCUAAAAAUAACUAUACACCAGGGGUGAAGAUCACUUGAAGGCUCCAAUAGCCAAAGCAAUCUCCAGCAUCUCAGAACUGCAAACAUCCAGACUAAUCCCUACUCUAGCAGAACUUCAGAUAUUCAUUGAAAUGUUAUUUGUUUACAUGUUUUUGUAUUGGUCAACAAGCCAUGAACAGGAUGCUCUCAACUCAUUCCUAUAUCUCAAAGCAUUUGUCGGUUUGAAAUGACUUUAAGUUAUUGUGGUUCGAUUCCGGUUUUGUGUGUUGUCGGGUGUACAGUGCAUUGUGUGUCAGAGUGUACAGAUGUCCCCUCUGUGAGAGACAAAGAAGGAGGUGUCUAGCCCACCUCGAUUCCCUUGUUGUUUGUAAUCACCCUCUUCUCUGUGUUCUGUGAUCUCGAUGAUUGUCGGUGCUCUCGUGGGUGUAGCUAGAGGGACUCCCGUGUAUUCUAAAACUGUCAUUGUGAGUAUAAUCCUGAAUAUCUGCAUGGAACGAAAAACGUCACGUUUACCCUCUUUUGUAAAAUGCUUCAUGUGUUUUUCGCUCUCUGACUCGCCGUCGCGUGUGCUCCAUGUGUCUUGUGCAUCUCCGUGCUGUGCUGUGGUGAUGGCUGGGGCUAGUUAGGAGAUUGUAUCCUCCCUUGGACCCGUCUAUCUGUCAGGAUGUACAGAGAAAAGGCCUGCUUGGCCUGUGGGACUGGCCCUGGACCAGAUCGUACAGAUUAGACACCGGGAAGUAACCUUAGGCAGACAGGCUUCAUGAGAAGUCAUUUCCAGAAACCAAGCCCUGCAGUCUAGUCAGGAGGGCUGGGUGAAGGGGCUGUUACCUGAGAGUGCGUGGAGAACUUGGAGAUGUGGAGGCGGGGGAGUCAGUGGAGAAGAUGAGAGGUUAGUCCAGCUGGUCAGGUCUCAGGCAGACCUCUCAUGCCCUGUGAUCUUCCUGCAUGCCCAGUUCUCCUGUCCAUUUCAUUAACCUGGAGGUAGAUACGUGUGUGAUUUCUCAUCUCCCAGGCGCAUGGUUUAGAAUGUUGUUCUGUGUUUGGAGAGUGUGGAAUCUGCUUGUAUUAUAGAUGAUGAUGUCAUAUUUAAUACCUUUCUGUUUUUCUUUCUAAACAUUUUUUUUAUAAUAAAAACAAAGAUUUA